GGAUAUGGACUUCAUAGUGUCUGACCCAAGGAAGCAAACCUGACAGACAAGGCUGUCGUCAAAGGUAUAAAGACCUUCAUCUUCCUCGCCUGAAUCUCAUUCUCAUCAGCAUCAUUCGUCUCUCAACAACUUCAAAACACUUUCAAUUCCAAUCUCAACCAACUCAUUCAAAAUGAAGUUCUCCAUUGCCUCCCUCUUCGUUGCCGCCAUCAUGGCCGCCCCCGCCCUGGCCUGCCAGUGCACCAAGGACUCCAGCAAGACCGAGUCCUGCUGCAACUCGCUGAGCGGCACCUACAAGGACGGUGAUUGCCAGGCCUCCUCCAUCUCCGAGCAUCUCUCUAACUUCCGGAGCUGCUGUGGUGGCUAUUCGGACUGUGAUUUCCCCUCCAAGAGAGAGGAUGAGGAUGAGACUAUUGUUGUUUAGUGCCUUCAAUCGAAUGACUGGGCUGCCUUGAAUUGAAUGUUUAUAUGGAUCUGCUUAAGAGGGGGUAUCUGAAUGUGCUAAGGAUAAUGGUCGAAGCCUAUCUUGUCUAGUGAAACUGUUUGUUAGCAUUCGUUGUAUCUACAGGAUCACCCUGCAUUGUACAAAGGCAAUCAAAUAUUGCCACACUUUAGAUUGAAUAGGAAGC